AUUCUUCAGUUGUAAACAAUCGUCCGUCGUUAGUGGAAUUUUUCGAGGAACUGUAAAAUUUUAUAGUAGUCUAUUGAACUGUUUUCAUUUUAAUGAUUUAGUUACUUUAUUGAACAUUUACUUUUGCAGUUUUAGUUUAGCGAAUCUAAAUUCUGAAAGAACAUGUCCACAUCUUUGUUGUACCUCCUGAUCCCGGUUGGGAUCGGUGCUGGCGUUUAUUUGAUCCGCAAGCUACGUGAGCUCCAGUGGGGCUGGGUUCGCAACAAUUUCUCCCUUCGUGACAAAGUCUACAUCGUGACGGGCAGCAACACCGGGUUGGGAUUCGAAACGGCCAAAGCGCUGGUUGCCCGUCAAGCAACCGUCAUCAUGGCGUGUCGCAACAUGGAAAAGGCAAGUCACGCUAUCUCGGAGAUUCGCCAGGAGACUAGCGAAGGUGAACUGAUCCCGCUGGAGCUGGAUUUGGCUUCGUUCGACUCGAUCCAUAAGUUUGCCGCGGAAAUUAAGGCCAAAUAUCCGACGUUCGAUUGCCUGAUCAACAAUGCCGGUUUGGCCAUGCAAACGCCACACUACACAGAGGAGAACUACGAAGUGCACUUUGGUGUUAAUCAUUUGGGUCAUUUUCUGUUGGUGGACUUGCUGAAGGAUAACAUCAAAAACAACUCAGCCCGUGUCGUAGUGGUUUCGUCGAAAAUGCACGAAAAGAACGCAAAGGUGGACUUCGACAACCUGGGAAAAUGGGUCGAUCGAGCUCGAGGCGACCGGUUCAACAAUCUCUACAACAAUUCCAAGCUGAUGAACUUCUACUUUGCGCGAGAGUUGUACAAAAAGGGUUACGAUGUCCAUGUCCUUUGUCCGGGUCUGUGUCAUACGGAUUUCUUCAGGGACUACAACCCGAAGUGGUACCAUUACGUGCUAUUUUCACCAGUUGUUUGGCUAAUGCUUCGAUCUGCGAAGCAGGGGGCUCAAAAUAUAAUUCAUUGUGCUACGGAGAACGUCAACACGGCGGAUAAAAAUCCAGCUACGGGAUACUUCAUUGCCAAUGUGAAACAAACAAAAUCUAAGGUUGCCUUUGAUGAUCAGAUUUCGGAGCGAUUGUGGAAAGAAAGUGUGCGUGAGAUUAAUGAGCAUAAAAAAUGAGCUUAAGUACAUUACUUUAUUUUUGAAUGAAAAAACAUUGUUAGGUGUCGGGAACUGAUAUUAUAAUACUCUCGUAAAGCAAUAUGCUUUAUAUUUUGUUAAAGGAUUAUAAACUUAAUAUAUGAACCAAUGCCUGCAUGCAUAAAUCAUUUGUGUAUUUUAUACGUUUUCUACAUACAAGAACAUAAUACAGAAACAAUACAUAUUUUAAGAAAAAAAUGUUUCGAAAAUUACAACUCUAUCAUUUUAAAUAAGACCUUCCGUGUUUCUAUUGAUUUUGGCAAUUUAGAUAAUGGCUAGUCCACAUUUGUCGUUGAACAUUAACCCUCUAUAACCCAUUUUUUUUGCUCAAAAUCAUUAUUUUGUUUUCUUUUUCAUUUUAACAUAUUUAGAGUUUGAAAAUUCUCAUUCAAUGCUGACUUAUUGCAAUUAAAAAAAAUAGUUUUAUUUUUUAUUUUCCAUGUCAGAAGUUGGAUAAAUAUUAAACUAUUGCAAAAGGUUAGUGUAAAGGCGGUUUUGGUCUUCAGAUGGUUAAUUUUCAACUGCUCUACAACUUUAUUCUAACAACAACUUUGUCGUAGGAUUUUCUUACGAUUAUUUGUUUUGGGUCGUUACAACUAUAAAUAUACUUCUUUUGCUUGCAACGAUUUUUUUUGUAAUAAACUUCAUUGUAUUUAUGACAAUAAUUCUUUUGUUUAGUUUUUUUUUUUUUAAUUUUAAUCACAUAUUUCACAAACAGUUGAUUAUUUUGAAUAAUUUCCCUUUCUUUAAUGCACAUGUACAAGUGUACAACUUUUGCAGGCAACGGUUUGAAAAUAAAAAAAAUGUAUAUUUAAAAAA